AUGGGUAAGGAAAAGUCUCACAUUAACGUCGUCGUCAUCGGUCACGUCGAUUCUGGUAAGUCCACUACUACCGGUCAUUUGAUUUACAAGUGUGGUGGUAUUGACAAGAGAACCAUUGAAAAGUUCGAAAAGGAAGCCGCUGAAUUAGGUAAGGGUUCUUUCAAGUACGCUUGGGUUUUGGAUAAGUUAAAGGCCGAAAGAGAAAGAGGUAUCACUAUCGAUAUCGCUUUAUGGAAGUUCGAAACUCCAAAGUACCAAGUUACUGUUAUCGAUGCUCCAGGUCACAGAGAUUUCAUCAAGAAUAUGAUUACUGGUACUUCUCAAGCUGAUUGUGCUAUUUUGAUUAUUGCUGGUGGUGUCGGUGAAUUCGAAGCCGGUAUUUCCAAGGAUGGUCAAACCAGAGAACACGCUUUGUUGGCUUUCACCUUAGGUGUCAGACAAUUGAUUGUCGCUGUUAACAAGAUGGACUCCGUCAAAUGGGACGAAUCCAGAUUCCAAGAAAUUGUUAAGGAAACUUCCAAUUUCAUCAAGAAGGUCGGUUACAACCCAAAGACUGUUCCAUUCAUUCCAAUCUCCGGUUGGAACGGUGACAACAUGAUUGAACCAACCACUAACGCUCCAUGGUACAAGGGUUGGGAAAAGGAAACCAAGUCCGGUGUCGUCAAGGGUAAGACUUUAUUGGAAGCCAUUGACGCCAUUGAACAACCAUCCAGACCAACUGACAAGCCAUUGAGAUUGCCAUUGCAAGAUGUUUACAAGAUUGGUGGUAUUGGUACGGUGCCAGUCGGUAGAGUCGAAACCGGUGUUAUCAAGCCAGGUAUGAUUGUUACCUUCGCCCCAGCCGGUGUCACCACUGAAGUUAAGUCCGUUGAAAUGCAUCACGAACAAUUAGAAGAAGGUGUCCCAGGUGACAAUGUUGGUUUCAACGUUAAGAAUGUUUCCGUCAAGGAAAUUAGAAGAGGUAACGUUUGUGGUGACUCUAAGAACGAUCCACCAAAGGGUACUGAAUCUUUCAACGCCACCGUUAUUGUCUUGAACCAUCCAGGUCAAAUUUCUGCCGGUUACUCUCCAGUCUUGGAUUGUCACACUGCUCAUAUUGCUUGUAAGUUCGACGAAUUGUUGGAAAAGAACGACAGAAGAUCCGGUAAGAAGUUGGAAGACCAUCCAAAGUUCUUGAAGUCUGGUGAUGCUGCUUUGGUUAAGUUCGUUCCAUCUAAGCCAAUGUGUGUUGAAGCUUUCUCUGAAUACCCACCAUUAGGUAGAUUCGCUGUCAGAGAUAUGAGACAAACUGUCGCUGUCGGUGUUAUCAAGUCUGUCGUCAAGUCUGACAAGGCUGGUAAGGUCACCAAGGCUGCUACUAAGGCUGCCAAGAAAUAA